AUGGCAGGAGUUCAGCUUCAAAGGCCAUGGGGCCGAGCAGGUCGUGUCCUUCAGCCUGUCCUUCCCCAAGGCUCCCUCACACCUCCCUGGCCCCAGGGGGCUGGGUGCCAUCUCCUGCCAGUGCUGUCCAUGGUGUGGGUGGGGUCCAUGGCCUCUCCAUGGCCACCCCAGCUUAGGCCCCUCUGCCAGCCUCCACCCACUCCCCCUGCCUUUGGGGCCCUCCUUGCUCUGCUCCCCACAAACAUCAGACUCUGCCUUCCCACACCUGUGCCUUUGCACGGGCUGCUGUCUUGCCCCUAG